AUGCAUAUCUCGCGCUCCAUGCAGCACUUUCUCGUGCCACUGGCACUCCUUCUCACCCAUCCGACGACAGCAAAUGCCGAGACCGAAACCGAAGUCUCCUGCACCACCGCAACCAACCUGGUGCAAAACCCGUCAUUCUCAACCGGCACAUUUGCCGACUGGGCGAGCAGUGGAGGGAUUGCCAUGAGCGUUGUCAGCUCGGAUGCCGACGAUGGCACCUACUACGUAGAAAAGCCCGCCGACGAUCUCAGCCAAGCAUCCAACAUGUACCAACUCCUCAGCCUGACCGUCGGAACAACCUACACCUUCUCGGUGGACUGGCGCAUCCAGAAACCCACUACCGCCGGCGAAGUCGAGUGCUACCUGUAUCUGUUCACUUAUACGGGGUCAGCCUCACCGGAUGUUCAACUCACAUACGGCAGACUAGCAGCUAACGAUGCAGCCACCGCGUGGACCACCCUGUCGACGACUUUCAAGGCGACCUCUUCCGCGGAGGGAAUCUAUCUCGCUGCGAUGUGUCCUGUCGGGUCGACGGAUGGGGAGAGAGUCGAUAUGACCAAUAUUCAGGUUUAUGAGCCGCAGGUUUGUACGACUAGUACCUUCACCAUUGCAUCUUCGACGCCGACGGUGGUGCCUUCGUCUUCGGCUGUGCCCACCACCAGCUCUAGCGCUGUCGUGACGACGGCAUCUUCUUCCUCGGUGGCUGUUCCGAGUUCUGUGACUAUCCCGACUAGCUCCGCUGCGGCUGUCAUCUCUCCUUCUGUUGUGUCGUCGAGCGUCCCGCACAGUGCAGCCCUAUCUAGCAGCGCGGUGGUCGCGACAUCUUCUUCCAGCUCGGCUGCCAAAGUCCUCUCCUCGGCCUCUUCCAGCAUCUCUCACACUGUGUCUCUGCCCAGUAGCGCUUCGCUCCCUUCUUCUUCUUCUUCUUCUUCUUCUUCUUCUUCUUCUUCUUCUUCCUUGUCUUCAUCUCGGCCCACCAGCUCAUCGAAAGCCCUCACUCCCUCUACUCUACCAUCAAGCAUUCCACACCCCGUGGCCACACCCAGCAGCGCACCAGCGGCAGCCGCAUCAUCAUCACCACUCCUUCCCCCUCCAUCUUCCUCUCGGACAAUUAUCUCGCAUUCUUCCCCGGCUUCUAAACCUGUUACACGAGCUGCAUCCAGCUCCGCUCCGGUCCCCAGUCCAUCCGACACCGAUGUUGUGACUGUCCUGUCAAAGGUCUACACCACCACGACUAUCUGGGUGGGGGCGGAGUGUUCCAGUUCAAGUAUCUUGUGA